UAUUUUGUCUUUUUCAGAUAACAUGGCGUUGGCUGGGUGGAUCGACGAAUAUAAAGUAUUAUAACUAGUAGGCAAAUCUGUGAUUAAGAUGGAGGAUAAAUAUUCCUUUUGUAGUGAUAAAUUCCUUAGAUUUAGGAAACCACCGGAUAAGUACUCAGAUUUUUUUCGUUCAAAACAUCAUUCUGAACCGAGUAUUAGCAACAAAAUACGGCAUGAAAAUCCCUUUGAUCUCGAAAUAUCUUCUUCCGAUCCAAACCUUAAUCCUGCUGAAACCGAACUCAUGAAUUUUAUCCUAGCUUCAGAUUUUCUCCUUUUAGAAUUAGGAAAAGGAAGCAAGGAUAGUUUGAACAGAACAAUCCAGUAUUUAGACAGACUUAAGUUAAACAGUUUCACUUAUUCUAACAAUGGUAAAACUUAUUUGUUUGGGUUUAAAGAUUUUAAAAACAACAAGUGUAAAAGUGAUAUUGAGAAAAAGGAAAAAUUAAUUUUAUAUUUUCAAACUGUUCUUGAUGAGCUAAAGAAGGAGGAAGUGACAAUAAUCUCGGAUGAAGACAAGGUUCAGGAUGAACUUGAUGUAUCAAUGGACGAUGGAAAAAAUGUUCAGGAGGACGGGGACAACUUUCCACUUUUAGAAUGGGAGUUGAGAAAUCUUAAAAGCUUGAAAACUGAGGUCGGAUCCGAGGUUCGCACUGAGGAGCAUGGAGUAACAUUUAACGAGGAGACAAGGAACCAAGAUCUGUACCAUGAGAAUGGAGAAACAUUGGAGGUUUUUCAAACCAUACUUAAUGAUUCUGUUAGAACUGCAGAACCAUUCAUCCCUAUUGAAGAAGAUAAAGACGAAAGCUUUCAUGAGGAAGUGAAACAGAAGAAAUUACAAUCUCAAAGGAGAAUUUCAAAAACCAAAGAAACUACAACGCCAAACCUUGAGAUUAGGAAAGUGAAAAAACGAGCGCGGAGGGGUAGUUGUGGAACUAAAAAGAAUAAAAUCUGUAAUCCUGUCUAUUCUAAACCUGAGGUUGUUAAUGAACCUGACGAUAAACCUAAACGUAGUUCAAGGCGUUCUUUACCUGAGGUAAAGUACAGGGAGCUGGAUUCAGACGAUGAUUUUGAUACCAGGGAGAAAGUGAAACCAAACAAGAUGAGAAAAGUUUCAACUGAAAAUAUUUGCAAAAGUACAAAGUUGGGCGAAGGAAGUUGUGAAGAGGAAAGUAUAGUUGGAGAUGAGGUUGAGGUUGAUGAUUUGCUGGACGGGAGUGACGAGGAGAUGGAGAAUAUCCCUAGGUUUCCUCUUAAUAAAAUCCUCUGGGAGUUCAGGCACCCAAAAAACAGGUCAGGGAAGGAGAAGAUUAGGAUUGAAGAUCUCAAAGAUAGAUCUGUUGUGUGUUCUCUUUGUUGUGUUUAUCAGUUGAACCUGAGAAACCCUAGAACUAUAUUAGUCUGCAAUGUUGAAGGUAGGAAAGGAAUCCUGGGUUCUCCAUACAAAGCUCUAACCAGUAACGUUCAUCCACUGAACCCGGAUAUUGACGCUCAAAUCCUGGAUCAUUACUCAUCAAAUCCCAACUAUGCAUCUCUAUCUAAUGCUUAUGAAGAGGUGAAGAAAUAUAUUAACCUUAAAGAACAAGUGUUUGAUCUAUCCUUUAAUAUCAAACCUGCCUUGGACUACUUUAGACUAAGUCGUGAAGAGCGCGAGGGUUAUAAACAAGAUAUUUUAGUUAUGGCAGAAUACUCGAGAUUAAGUUUACCUUGUACACCGAAAUCAGUAAAACCCAUUAAACCGAAAAAGAAACUUUUAAUAAAAAGAGUUGAAUCUCGGAAGGAAAAGGAUCAUUAUCUCAGCCCUGAGAUGCUAGAGCUCCUAACUGGACUCGGAGAAAACUGGGCUUUGGACUGGAUAUUAUCAGACUCGGAAAGAUUAAAGAAAAUUGCAACAAUGGAGAUUCCGUCUAAACGACACGAACUGUUUUUUGUUCCUAAACAAAGAUAUUCGACUGGUGGAUUGAAUCUAACUGAACUAAUCGAUCUCUCCAACCCGUUGUUUAGUGAUAUGUUCCGGGAAGAGAAAGCCGAAAUCGAUCUUAAAAUUCAAGAGUUACUCCGAGUAGAGGUGCUAAACCCUGUGAUGCAGGAUCCGUCCUGUGAUCCUAGACUCAAGGAGAGCAGUCAACCAUCGAAGGAUCAAUGCAAGUUGUAUAUAGAGUUGGUUUUAAUCCCCGAAACUUUUGUAGAAUGGAUCAGAAACUUUAGAAAAGUUGAUCAUCAGGUAGUUUUUUACUUUUUCUCCAGGUUUUAUUCUCAUGGUUCUAUACUCGUGGUUCUAUACUCGUGGUUCUAUACUCGUGGUUCUACACUCAUGGUACUAUACUCAUGGUUCUAUACUCGUGGUUCUAUACUCGUGGUUCUAUACUCGUGGUUGUAUACUCGUGGUUCUAUACUGAAAGGUUUAACUAUUGUUAUAUUAGAAUUUUGACAUGGUUUCUGCAGGGUCUUAUUUAAUGUUCUGUACGUACAGUGUAGCCUCAUUAUGCGGUGUUCCAAAUAAUCAGGUCCUACUCAGGGAUUCUACUCAUUCUCUCUUUUCUCAGGAUUCUACUCAGGGUUCCCUAUAUACUCAGGAUCCUACUCAUUCUCUCUUUUCUUAGGAUUCUACUCAGGGUUCUCUAUACUCAUGAUUCUACUCAGGGUUCUCUCUAUACUCAAGAUUCUUCUCAGGGUUCUCUCUUUACUCAGGAGUCUACUCAGGGUUCUCUCUAUACUCUGGAUUCUUCUCAGGGUUCUCUCUAUACUCAAGAUUCUUCUUAGGGUUCUCUCUAUACUCAGGAGUCUACUCAGAGUUCUCUCUGUACUCAAGAUUCUACUCAGGGUUCUCUAUAUACUCAGGAUUCUACUCAGGGUUCUCUCUAUACUCAGGAUUCUACUCAGGGUUCUCUAUAUACUCAGGAUUCUACUCAGGGGGUUUUCUCUAUACUUAGGAUUCUACUAAAGAUUCUUUAUACUCAGGAUUUUACUCAGGGUUCUCUCAAUACUCAGGAUUCUACUUAGGGUUCUCUCAAUUCUCAGGGUUUUACUCAGUAUUCUCUAUAUACUCAAGAUUCUACUCAGGGUUCUCUCUAUACUCAGGAUUCUACUCAGGGUUCUCUCUAUACUCAGGAUUCUACUCAAGGUUUUUAUAUACUCAGGAUUCUACUCAGGGUUCUCUCCAUACUCAGGUUUCAACUCAGGGUUCUCUAUAUACUCAGGAUACUACUCAGGGUUCUCUAUAUACUCAGGAUUCUACUAAGGGUUCUCUAUAUACUCAGGGUUCUCUAUAUACUCAGGGUUCUCUAUAUACUCAGGGUUCUCUAUAUACUCAGGAUUUUACUCAUGGUUCUCUCUAUACUGAGGAUUCUACUCAAGAUUCAGGCUUCUGUCUAAACUCAGAGUUCUCUCUAUACUCAGGGUUCUGCUCAAAGUUCUAAACUCAGGGUUCUACUGCGCAUUUAAAUCAGGGCAUUAAAUUCUAAUUACCAUUCUUGACUCUUUUAUCUCUUGAGUUUGUUUAGGAAGCUGAGAGGUUAUUUAAUUCUGUUGGGAAGUUUCUUAGUGAUGAAAUGCUUGAACGUUACUCCGUAUAGUUGGAAGAAGAAAAGAAGAGACGGAGAGGACAGAAAGAGAAUAGGAAGAAGAAGAACAAUUAAAGACACUACAUUUUACUUGACGUGGUUCUUUUCAUUCUUCAUAUCGGGGCUCAGGAUCCGCUUAUGCAACAUGUGAUGAAAUAUCAACCAAGACAUACUUAGGCUCUGCUCCAUAAUAAUAUGAAUGCCAAGGGGCACUGGACCCAUGUAUAAAGCGUCCAGUGCCCCUUUUAACAAAGGCACUUUUUCGGACGUUGGAAAAAACAAACUAAUGCAAUUUGUAUAGGUGGAUCUGUUUCAACCAGGCAUGAUGUAUUUUUACUCAUCUGGAAGCAAUCGAAAAUUUGAUAAGAAUUGAGUUUCCAGGUGUUUCAUGGCAAAGCACUGGCUCAUUUGGAACUUAAUUUUUAUAAAAUUAUUUGUAUAUCAUAGUUUUUUUAUUUUUUUUUUAUUUAUAUUUUAUAUUUUGAAUUUU